AUGACUCUCGGACGCCUAAAUGGCAAGGUUGCUAUCAUCACUGGUGCAGCCUCUGGCUUCGGCAAAGGCAUCGCGAUCAAAUUUGUGCAAGAAGGCUGCCGAGUAAUCAUCGCAGAUCUAUCUCAAGAGGCUGGCACGGCAGUGGCAGCCGAGUUGGGUUGUUCCUUUGUCCGGGCCGACGUGACGAAGAGGUCGGAUUGGGAGGAGCUCUUGGCGCAGGCCGUUAAGCAGUUCGGCGGACUGGAUAUCGUCGUCAACAACGCUGGCGCAACCUACACGAACAAGCCGACGGAGGAAGUCACAGAGAAAGAGUUCGACCUGGUCAUGAACGUCAACGUCAAAUCCGUUUAUCUUUCGGCCGCAGUCAUUGUGCCCUAUCUGAUGCGGGAGUCGCGGCCCGGCUGUUUCGUCCAGGUGGCGUCGACAGCUGCGAUUCGUCCGAGGCCGAAAUUGACGUGGUAUAAUGCGUCCAAGGCGGCGGUUGUAAAUGCGACGAAGACUCUAGCUGUCGAGUAUGGGCCGAACCAGAUACGGUUCAAUGCUGUCUCCCCAGUUGUGGGAAGCACUGGAAUGACCCAUCUAUUCCUUGGCAAGGCCGACACUGCCGAGAAUCGCGAGGCGUUUGUGGCGACAAUCCCUCUUGGCCGACCGUCUACCCCAGCGGAUGUUGCUAAUGCGUGCUGCUAUUUGGCCAGCGACGAGGCUGCGUUUAUAACGGGAACAAACAUUGAAGUUGAUGGUGGGAGAUGCGUAUAA